AUGGGCGGAAUGAGCUCCUUUGCUCUCUGUGUACUGCUUGCAACAAUGGCGCUCUCGUUGGCCGAUUGUGGUUGUGGAGCCAAAUGUGCCAUCUAUACUGAUCCUGCUAAAUGUACUCGAUGCUGUACGGCUACUGUCAAACGAAGUCUAUCCUCCUCCUCGAUUUCACGCCGUUCUCAUAGAUUCCUUCUGCCUCAAAUGGUGGGCAAUCCUAUUCGUGUACCAAUGUGGUUAGCUGCUGCCGCUUAUUCUUACUCGCCUUCAUCGUCAUCAUCAAAAACGCAUCCGUUAAUUUCAAAGUGUUCUGCUGGUACCGUACUCAUAUCUUGUCGUACACUUUUUCUUACAUUGAACUGCCAGUAG